AAGGGCCCGCGACUGGGGAAAGAUGGGGGCGGGCAGUGCCUGCGGAGACCCCAGCAGGGCAGGCCGAUGGGGAACGCUGAGCUGGCGGGAUGGGGACCGCCAGGGAAGGGAGCGGCAGGCGGAGGGAGUCAGGCAGGGAGGGGGGCAGCCCGAGCCCUGGUAGUCCGCGCCGUUUGAAAGCAACAGUUGAGCGCCGCCGCUGCCUCGGCUCCCGCCCAGCCCCGGCCCUGACGCGGCGUCGCGCCCCUCGGGAGCUGCGUGAGGCCGAGCGGUCGCGCCGGCUCUGGUCAGCCGCGACUGGCGUUCCGGGGCUGGCCGGGGCGCGCCCGAAGCGUGGAGAAGCGCGGUGAGGCGCCGGCCCCAGCAUGUCGCUGCCUCCGGAGAAAGCCUCGGAGCUGAAGCAGCUCAUCCACCAGCAGCUGAGCAAGAUGGAUGUCCAUGGCAGAAUAAGAGAAAUCCUUGCUGAGACAAUACGGGAAGAAUUGGCACCGGAUCAACAACAGUUAUCAACCGAAGAUUUGAUCAAAGCCCUUAGACGUCGGGGAAUCAUUGAUGAUGUGAUGAAAGAACUUAAUUUUGUUACUGACAGUGUUGAUCAAGAACUACCUUCCUCUCCAAAACAACCUGUUUGCUUUACUGAUAGACAAUCAACGUUGUUAAAAAAAACUAAUAUUGAUCCAACACGGAGGUAUCUUUACCUUCAGGUUUUGGGUGGAAAAGCUUUCUUGGAACAUCUACAAGAACCUGAGCCUUUACCAGGACAAGUUUGUUCAACCUUUACUUUAUGUUUACAUUUUCGAAACCAACGUUUUCGUUCUAAACCUGUUCCAUGUGCCUGUGAACCAGAUUUUCAUGAUGGCUUUUUACUUGAAGUACACAGAGAAAGCUUAGGUGAUGGAACUAGAAUGGCUGAUUCAACAACAAUGUUAUCAAUAAGUGAUCCAGUUCAUAUGGUGCUAAUCAAAACAGACAUAUUUGGUGAGACUACUUUGGUAGCAUCCUAUUUUCUUGAAUGGCGAUCAGUUUUGGGCUCAGAAAAUGGAAUGAGCAGUCUUACUGUGGAACUUAUGGGUGUAGGCACGGAAUCAAAAGUUUCUGUGGGAAUUUUAAAUAUAAAACUUGAGAUGUACCCACCACUCAAUCAAACAUUAUCUCAAGAAGUAGUCAACACACAGCUUGCUUUGGAACGUCAGAAAACUGCAGAGAAAGAGCGAUUAUUUCUUGUAUACGCAAAGCAGUGGUGGAGAGAAUAUUUGCAAAUUCGACCCUCACACAACUCACGGCUGGUUAAGAUUUUUGCACAGGAUGAAAAUGGGAUAAAUAGACCAGUUUGUUCCUAUAUUAAACCUCUUCGAGCUGGGAGGCUUCUGGAUACUCCAAGGCAAGCAGCAAGAUUUGUUAAUGUCCUUGGUUAUGAAAGAGCCCCUGUUAUUGGAGGAGGAGGUAAACAGGAACAGUGGUGCACUCUGCUGGCCUUUCUCUGUAGAAACAAGGGUGACUGUGAGGAUCAUGCUAAUCUUCUAUGCAGCCUUCUUCUUGGGUAUGGGUUAGAAGCCUUUGUCUGUGUUGGGACUAAGGCAAAAGGAGUACCUCACGCAUGGGUUAUGACCUGUGGAACUGAUGGAACUAUCACUUUUUGGGAGAGUUUAACAGGACACAGGUACAUCCACAAACCUGCCAAUCCUGAUGCAUCUCCAGUUGCCGAACAGCCCAAACCGUUGCACCCAUAUCGAACAGUUGGUUGUGUUUUCAAUCAUCAGAUGUUCCUGGGGAACUGUCAGCCUUCUGACUCGGUGGAAACCUGUGUAUUUGAUCUGAAUGAUGAAUCCAAAUGGAAACCGAUGAGUGAAGAAGCGAUCAAAUCUGUGUGUGCUCCGGGAGCUACAACGUCCCUUCCUCCCUUUCCCCCUCUAUGUGCAUCCACAAUUGAUGCUUCAGUAACAAGCAAUGAAAUAGAAAUGCAGCUAAGGCUGCUAGUGUCAGAACACAGGAAGGAUCUUGGUCUCACUACUGUUUGGGAAGACCAGCUUUCCUAUCUCUUAUCACCCGCUUUGGCUUCUUAUGAAUUUGAGCGUACAACAAGUAUAUCUGCAGGCAAUGAAGAAUUUCAAGAUGCCAUAAGGAGGGCUGUACCUGAUGGUCACACAUUUAAAGGGUUCCCAAUACAUUUUGUAUAUAGAAAUGCAAGGCGUGCAUUUGCCACAUGUCUUCGGUCUCCUUUCUGUGAAGAGAUAAUCUGUUGCCGUGGAGACCAGGUGCGACUGGCAGUUCGUGUCCGAGUGUUUACUUACCCUGAAUCUGCAUGUGCUGUUUGGAUCAUGUUUGCUUGUAAAUAUCGCUCGGUAUUAUAAGACUAACAUUUCUAUAAGAAUAUACCUGUGUUUUAUUGUGUAUUGUAUAUUACUAGCUGUUUAGAGGUUAUUAUUUUAAAAAUCACAUUCUGGCUUGGAUGUCAUAUUUCACUUUUGUAUAUACCUGACUGAUAAUGUUUGAAAAAAAUCGUGUGUAUUUAAAAAUUAAGGUUAAAAAAAUUAUAUAAAUCUGAGUGGAAUUUAGUAUAAAUUAAGUGUAUAUUUUAUUUUAAUAAAUGCUACUUUGUUUAUAGGUAUUCAGUAGUUUAAAUAUGAAUAUAAAAUUUACUCAGUUUUCUUUAACAGAUAAUCAGAGAUAUUUAUUUGUCUAAGGGUUUGAGCCAUAGUAAAAUCAAUAUGAUCAUUAUUUCUCAUAGAUUAAUGGAAUUAUUUUAUAUAAAUUAGGAGAAGUUAGCCUCACAACAGAUUUAUUUAUUAAAUAGAUGAAAAUACAUUUUGAUGAAUUAUCAGUUUUGUGGUUUACCCAUGGCCAUAGGGAUAUUUGUGACUUUCCAGGGAUUUAUGGGAAGACUUUGAUGCAAGAGUAGGAAAAACUACUAGCAGAAAAGCAUAAAUAAUAAUAACAAAACAAACCUCACAUAAAAGUACAUAAAUAAUUAAUAAUAUGUUCGUUUGAUCCAUUAUAAAAAUGAGUAUUUUUUUAUUUUUUAAAUUUUUCAAU